AUAUAUUUUGAGGAGGUAGCGCGUUUCCAGAUCGUUGAACGCUACUCCAUCUUGGUCGAAGGGUUCAAAUUGUUCUUCGACCUGGUCUCCAAGUUCCUAAUCGUCCUCGGUUUUGAAUCCGCUUGUCCAUUGCAGCGAUUUCCACUGACGACUCGUCCUGCUAUUGGCCAAAAACAUUUCCAACAGAUCUGGGCUUACCCUGAGCUCCUCCGGUAGCUCGGCAAAGUUCUCUCGGAAAAAUUUGUCAAGUGUCAAUCCCUACACGGUUUGUCUUAAAAUGCUCCUCAAAAAAUCUGCUGCACUCUUCUUUUUUACCUUUCAGCUCCGUCCAUUAACGUAACGAGUAACUAUUGCACUUACGAAGCAAGUGGUUUGUGCCGUUUCCACCUCGUCUUCUUCACUAAAAAAUUGACAUAUACCUGCAAUAUCCACAGUGUGCAUUAGUGCCGACUGCGUUCUCUCCUCGGUCACAAGAUGUGGUCGGCCUUCGUCGCGUCCGCCAAUUCGGUGAAAGUCUUGUGGCUGUAGUUGCUGGCAUUAUUCCUCAUCUUGCUUUGGAACGCUACCAAUAUAUGCGCGUAUUCGUGGAGAAGCCUUAUUUUGUAACUCUUCCCAAAUUUUUGCUGGCGUUUCAGUCAAAUACCACUGCUUUCACGUCUAGGCCAUCGAAGACUUCUUUGUGCGACGUUAAUGGAUAAUAACUUAAGAGAAACUUGAACGCGGUCAACAGAUUUCGCGCUGCCACGAGGACUGUUCGGUAAUCGUUCGCGCUGCUGUUGCUGUAUUUACGUUCAGCUAUUCUAUCCUCCGAAGAGUUGAAAUGAGCCAUACCAUUGGUGUACACUUCACCGAAAUGUAUCUGCACUACUCUAUCGUGGCCGCUUACCUUCUCCACGGCUUUCUUCAACUUUACCUUGCGCUGGUUCCAUGAUAAUUUGUUACGCUUGUACGCUGACGUCCCGUCUCCAUGUGGCGGGGUUUUUCUUUAAGGUUUCAGCAGAUGUUGUAUUCGUCGCAUAUUUUAACGCUUCAACCACACCAACAAUCUAUUGCAACUAGUCGGCCGUAUAUGUCGUCGUCGUCUAAUAUUGCAAUUAUUACUGACAGGGGUAAGGGCAAUGAUGGUGAUGGCGUUCUUAAUGUCCCGCCAGCAUCACCUGCCCCGUCUAUAUCAUUAACAUUACCAUCGCCAGUUUUAACAAAAUCGACACCAGGCAAACUUUUGGUUGAUAAUCAAGGCAUCAUACGGCAGACGGCAUUAUCAUCGGGAGUAGUUGCAAUUACAAGUACGCCGGGAGCAGAAACCUCAGCGAGUGUCGUUGGGCCACCGUCUGUGAGCUAUUCAGCUCCUAAUAGUAAUGUGGUAGUUAAGACGCCUUCUCCGACUUUGCUGCAACAUCAUCACGCUCAGCAAAGUAAUCAAAGCACCGUUACAAUCCCAACUUUGCUAAAUGCUAUCACAAGUGCAACGGCAGUUUCCGUUAAGACAUCAACACCGUCAGCAACGGCAACACUUUUACCGAAUAAUUCACAAAAUUUGGGAAAAUACUUAGUGGUGACCAAUUUCUUGCAAAGCGCUCCUCCUAAUCAUGGCUGUCAAGUUCAACCGUAUAGUUUGAGUUCAGCCGUUAGUCAAGCCGCUAUAUCCUCUUUAAUGCCUACAAUAUCAACUGCGAGAGCGGGCAGCGAUACAGCAGUUGUAACUACAAAAACGGAAGCCUCCUCAAAUAAUAGCAAUUGUGCCGAAACGUUGCAAGUUCAUCAAACACAGAUGUUAGCGAACGCACCUUUGGGAGGCCCACAACAACAAUUGCCAAAUGGGACCAUAAUUGCAACCCAACAGCAACAACAGCAACGUCAUUCUGCAGAGCAGCAACAAUCACAGAUGCAUAUUCACGCUUUGAAUUCGAACGAUAACGACAGUCGUCAGCGACAACAGCAACAGCAGCAGCAUGCAGCUCAGCAACAGCAGCAACAGCAAGUGGCCUUGCUACAACAAGAGAACAUUAAAGAUGAAAAACCGUUUAUUUCAAAUGGUAAGAUAACAGUAGUACCCACAAAUCAGCAUCAGCAGCAACAACAACAAAUAAUAAUGCAGCAUAUAUCGACCUCGUCAGCCAUAACACCAGUGGCCGCUUCGUCCACCAUCACCUUGGGUGCACCGAAAACUGAAAUCAAAGAAGAUAACAACAGCGGGGUGGUUGGCGGUAAAAGCUACACGGGCAUCGAAAUGUAUAAAGUGAAUAUCGAAGACAUUUCCCAGUUAUUUACUUAUCAUGAAGUAUUUGGCAAAAUGCAGGCAGAUGUCAAUUUGUCGGCAACUGCUCAUUCUAUACCAAGCUCUAUUGCUGGCACUAGCAACGCCUUGCCGAAUGAAAGUAAUAACAGCAGUGCAACGCCUGCGAGUAAUGCGACUGCAGUAACAGCGACAGCUACAAUCUCAACUUCAGGAACAGCCGCCAAUACCAUAGCAGGCGUGAUACCUACCACUAGUUCCGCUCUACGCACCACUAAUACCGAUACGGCUGUGACCACCGUGCCUACAUAUGCAUGCACAACUGGUCUAAUUAAACUCAAAAUGGAAGGUGGGGUUAGUGGUGGGGAGGAAAACUCUCAGACGGCUCUUGUGGCCGCCGACAAUACGCUUGUUCCCACCGGCCAUCACGUCUGUGAUAUAUGUGGUAAAAUCUUUUCGUUUCGUUAUCAGUUAAUUGUGCAUCGUCGCUAUCACAGUGAACGCAAGCCUUUCAAUUGCCAGGUUUGUGGUCAAGGCUUUAACUCUUCCGAAGAUCUUACCAGUCAUGGUAAGAUACAUAUCGGUUGCUCCAUGUUCACAUGCAUGGUAUGUUUUAAUGUAUUUGCAAAUAAUGCUUCCUUGGAACGUCAUAUGAAACGGCAUUCUACCGAUAAGCCGUUUGCUUGUACGGUUUGCCAGAAAACAUUCGCCCGGAAGGAACAUCUGGAUAACCAUUUUCGCGCACAUACUGGCGAAACCCCGUUCCGUUGUCAAUUUUGUGCCAAAACGUUUACGCGUAAAGAACACAUGGUCAAUCACGUACGCAAGCAUACUGGCGAUACACCACAUCGUUGCGAUAUUUGCAAAAAAACUUUUACGCGUAAAGAACACUAUGUCAAUCAUUACAUGUGGCAUACGGGGCAAACACCUCAUCAAUGCGAGUACUGUGGCAAAAAAUAUACGCGCAAAGAGCACUUGGCAAAUCAUAUGCGUUCGCACACCAAUGAUACGCCGUUUCGUUGCGAAAUUUGCGGUAAAAGUUUUGGUCGCAAAGAACACUUCACCAACCAUAUUCUUUGGCACACAGGCGAAACACCCCAUCGAUGUGAUUUUUGUUCGAAGACGUUUACGCGUAAGGAACAUCUUUUGAAUCAUGUACGGCAACAUACCGGCGAAUCGCCGCAUCGUUGUUCGUACUGUUCAAAGACGUUUACGCGCAAAGAACAUCUGGUCAACCAUAUACGUCAACAUACCGGCGAAACGCCAUUUAAGUGCACUUACUGCACCAAAGCUUUUACGCGCAAAGAUCAUAUGAUUAAUCAUGUACGCCAGCAUACGGGUGAGUCACCGCACAAGUGCACAUUCUGCACGAAAACGUUUACGCGCAAGGAACACCUAACUAAUCAUGUCCGUCAACAUACUGGUGAGUCGCCGCAUCGCUGUACUGUUUGCAAGAAGACCUUCACGCGCAAGGAGCAUCUUACUAACCACGUGCGCUUACAUACGGGCGAUUCGCCUCACAAAUGCGAGUACUGUCAGAAAACCUUUACACGAAAAGAGCACUUGAACAAUCACAUGCGUCAACAUUCGGGGGAUAAUCCGCACUGCUGUAAUGUCUGCAACAAGCCAUUUACACGUAAGGAACAUUUAAUAAAUCACAUGUCUCGUUGCCAUACAGGUGAUCGUCCAUUCACUUGUGAAACUUGUGGUAAAUCAUUUCCGCUCAAGGGUAAUCUAUUGUUCCAUCAGCGUAGCCACAUGAAGGGCCAGGAAAUGGAACGUCCAUUCUCGUGUGAAAAAUGUUCGAAGAAGUUCAUAUGCAAAGGUCAUCUGGUAUCCCAUAUGCGUUCGCAUUCGGGGGAAAAACCACAUGCUUGCACGCUUUGCAGUAAAGCCUUUGUGGAACGCGGCAACCUAAAACGUCACAUGAAAAUGAAUCAUCCAAAUGCUCCAAUGCCUCCGCCACCGGUUCCGCAUCCUAUAAUACCAGCUGGAGUGUUGGCCACAGUCAAGCAAGAAAUUAAACCAGUUAUAAGCGAGCUGAUUCCACAUCAGGGCAGUGCAACACCUACAAUGCAUACUAUCCAGCAGAUAACUGCAGGCGCAGCAGCAACGGCGGCCGCAAAUACCGUGCAAUUGCCUCCUAGUUUGGUGCCUUUGGUUACCUCGACAAUUACGUCGCACAAUAGUCAGAAACAGCAGCAGCAACAGCAACAACAUCAAAUACAGCAACAGCAGCAACAGGCAACUGCAACACAUCAACAAGCCAGCUUGGUAGCGGCGGCUACAGCUCAUCAACAACAAGUGCAACAACAGCAGCAACAACAGCAGCAACAUCAGCAGUUAUUACAACUUUCCAUACAGCAGGCGGCCGCUCAUCAUCAAUUACAGCAACAUCAGCAACAGCAGCAGCAGCAGCAGCAAGAACAGCGUCAGCAUCAGCAAACGCAGCAACAGCAGGCGACCCAUCAUCAACAGCAAGCUCAAGCUCAGUCAAGCGUAGUGACUACGGCUACGUCGCAUCAAACUCAGCAACAACAGCCGCAACAACAAAAUCCUCAACAAUCACAAGUCCAACAGCAGCAACAACAGCAACCUCCACCACCACCACAAGUGCCAAUUGCUUUAAUACAAACGGAUCCAGAAGCUUUGGCUCGAGCUGCUAUGCAGCAACUGCAACACAUACCAGCUAACGUUGAGCAACAUCCCGUUGUUUACUAACAUUUUAAUGACUGGUAAGCGCAAAACUAUACCCCAAUGCGGAAAUAGUAGUACGAUUUUAAAAAUCAUCUAACUUAAGAGAUAAUAGAAUAACACAAAAAUUAAGGUAACAUUUAAAAUGUAUGAGAAAAGGAGGCAAAAAGUUAUCGACUUAGAAAAGCUUGAAAAUGUUAAUUGAAAUUAGUAAUCGGGAUAUGGAACUGAAAAUGAACGAACUACUAAACAUACUUUUCGAAUGUUCGAAUGGGUCAUCGACGGUUGAUUUAAUGAGAAAUCCACUUGAUCCGUAAUGGCGGCGUCUUGCUUACUGCGAACAUAGUAUGAACAUCAUAACUAAGCCAUUCAGCGUUUACAUCCGCCAUUUUCAAUUGUUGCGAACAUGGAAACAUGUCUUAGAUGUUAUCUUCAAUUUACAUUAUUACAUAAUUAUUUGUAAUUGUAACUGAUUUGUUUUGUUUCUAAGUAUGUAAUUUUUAAAAGUUUUAAUAAU